CUGGACAUCGCAUCGCGCUUCCCGGUCAAUAUGUCCGUCGUCUAUGAACCUCGAAACUUCAUGCACGACGGGUCAUACCCCAACAUCGGCGACCCAGACCACGACCACAAUGGCGACCCGACCGCGCAGUACCAGACGACCGAUGUCCCGGAUCUUUCGUCCUACAGCGCCACGGCCUCGAUGCUGGGCGAUGAUCGCUCUCUGAUGCCGGACGGCCUCGGCGACGAUCCCGUUGGUGUUCCGGAUGCCACGCGACUCGACCUCUCCGCGCCUCCGACCCUGGCCUCGCUGCCUUCAAGUCUUCCUCCCGCCCUGCCCGAGCCUCUGCCCUCGAACAACACCGCACCCCACAAGGACGAUGCCGAGGCCUCAACUCCCUCAUCAAGGGUGAAGUGUAUACCCAAGCCCGAGCGGGAGGUCACGAAACAGGCGGACGGAAAGUUCUACUGCACAUUCCCGAACUGCACGGAGGAGACGCAAGUGUUCACGCGAAAGUGCGAAUGGAGCAAACACAUGGACAAGCACGAGCGACCCUACCGAUGCGGCGCCGAGGGCUGCGAAAAGCUCCCCGGAUUCACCUACUCCGGCGGCCUCCUCCGCCACGAGCGCGAAGUCCACGGCAAGCACGGCGGCCCAAAGAACACAGUCAACUGCCCGCACCCGAACUGCAAGCGGCACACAGGCAAGGGCUUCUCGCGCCAGGAGAACCUCAACGAGCACCUCCGCCGCGUCCACACCAGCGACGGCACAGUCCAAGACGAUAUCCAGACCGGUAGCGACGGCGACAGCGACAAGGGUCUCAUGGGCAGCCUCGUCGGCCUCGGCGGCGGCGGCGGCAACAAGCGCAAGCGCUCCCGCAAGAGCUCCGACGCCGGCCUCGAGGAGCUCCGCGAGGAGGUCAAGCGCGUGCGCCACGAGAACGAGGAGCUGCGCCAGCAGCUCGAGAGGCAGAGCCAGCACAGCUUCGCGAUGAUGGCGCAGAUCGCAGAGCUCCAGGACACACUGCGCGCGAACCUCGAGAGCACCGCGCUCGGCGCUCCCACCGCCACGAUGCUGUAG